UCCAUGUCCGGUCGUCCCAGAGUCAUAUCACACGCCUCCAUUGAUCAUCCAGUGGAGAACUCCCCACACAUCUCGCUUUUCGCAUCCUCGCAUACCGCAGAAUUAAACGAGGCAAGCCCUAUGCGCGAGGUGCGUGAGCAUGUGGGGAACAGUGUGACGGUCAGAUUGGUCGAAUAUCACAGUCUCUGUCAGAGCCUUGUGGUUAAAAUAAUCAGUCUCUACCUAGGUAGACAUCGUCGUCGUACUUGGGUUGUGCCGAAUCUGUUGCUCACGAUGCCCUCACGCCCACAGGUAUCCAGACUCAACACGCGCAGGACUCAAGUGUUCUCACAUCCUUGA